AUGAAACGUAUUUGGUCACGUGGUGAUGAAGAACGUUUUGGAGGUUUAGUGUGGAGAAAAGGCAUGUGCGUUAUUUCGGCAUGCGGUCAAAUCGUUUUUGGCAUUGUGAUGGUGGCAUGUCUCGUUCUGACGGCCAUUCCUAUAGUUAAUGGACAGCUAUUCACAUGGAGUUGCUUGAAGGAUCUCAAAGACUGUGACCCAUUUCAGAAAGAUGAGGAUCGAGGCUACUUGAAAACAGUGGCUAUCUUUAUGUGUCUGGCGUUGCUCUUCGAGUUGAUAUGCAUAGUCUGGAACUUCGUUGCCUUUAAUGAAGAUACUUCCAGCUGUACUUGUUGCUGCAAGAAGUACAUUAUUCAUCCACUUACAUUUCUGUCGUUCAUCACCUCUGCGCUUCUGCUCGUCGCUGUCAUUGUCUACGCAAAAAAUAACAAAGGACAUUUAGGUGACAAGUUCACUCACAAGGACCAGUUCGGCUAUUCGUUCUGGUUAUCCGUGGCCGCCCUCGCACUCGCUGCUGUCGAUACGGUAGUAGCCAGUGUGACCGUUUGUAUGGGACGCCAUUGUCUCUGA